AACUGGUAAGACAAAUUUGAAGGUCUUCCACGGGAUGCUAGUUUUGUAGAUUUUCAUCAUCACAAUUACCCCUUUCUUCUUAUUCAUUAUUCUCAAAUAAAUUGCUACAUCAUAUUUUAGAUCUCGUUAUUGAGUUUAGCUAAUAAUAAUGGGAGAAUAUCACGAUCCGUCGACGACUCCGCUACUAAUCAACGUCAAGGAGGAGCGUAUAGAUAUUCCGAUUAACACAAAGCAGUCGGAUGAAGAAUCGGCAUUGGAUGAGAAGGAAAUUCUAGGAACUUCUACCUUCUUUAAAACUUGUUUCAAUGGCAUGAAUGCUUUAUCUGGAGUAGGGAUACUAUCAGUACCUUAUGCGCUAGCAUCAGGAGGAUGGUUAACUUUAGUACUUCUUUUUGUUGUCGCGGCUGCAACAUUCUACACUGGGUUACUAAUGCGGAGAUGUAUGGAUGUGAGUUCAAAGAUAAAAACGUAUCCAGAUAUUGGCGAGUAUGCUUUUGGGAAGAAAGGAAGAAUGAUAGCAUCUACUUUUAUGUACUUAGAAUUGUAUGUGGUUGCAACAGGAUUUUUGAUACUAGAAGGUGAUAACUUAAGUAACCUGUUUCCAAACAUGAGUUGCACAUUAGCCGGUGUUAAAGUAUACGGACAACAGGGAUUCGUUAUGCUCGUAGCCGUUAUAAUUCUCCCAUCAAUGUGGUUGACUGACUUGAGAAAAAUUUCUUAUAUAUCUGCAACCGGGGUUUUAGCUUCUGUACUCAUCGUUCUUUCUGUAUUUUGGGUUGGUGCCGAAGAUACUGGUUUUCGUGCAAAGGGAAGGUUUUUUAAUUUACAUGGAAUUCCUUCUGGUGUUAGUUUGUAUACCUUCUGCUUCUGUGCACAUCCCGUUUUUCCAACAUUAUAUACUUCAAUGAAAGAUAAAAGACAAUUCUCCAAGGUUUUGCUGGUUUGCUUUGCUCUAUGUACGAUAAGCUACGCUACAAUGGCUGUUAUGGGUUAUUUAAUGUUCGGUGAACAUAUAAAAUCUCAAGUCACACUGAACCUACCAAUUGACAAAAUCUCUUCAAAGAUAGCAAUCUACACAACUUUAGUCACUCCCAUUGCAAAAUAUGCAUUAAUGGCAACACCAAUCGUAAAUGCCAUUGAAAGCUCUUCGGGGUUUAACUACAACAACAAGACCAUGAGUCUUGUAAUCAGAACCAUGUUUUUAAUUACCUCCGUUAUAGUAGCUUUAGCUAUUCCAUUUUUCGGGUAUCUAAUGUCUCUCGUUGGAGCGUUUCUAAGUGCAACAGCUUCAAUUAUUAUUCCUUGUUUGUGUUACUUGAAGAUCAUGGGAACAUAUCGAAGAUGGGGAUACGAAUUGGUGAUUAUCAUCGGGAUUAUUUUGAUGGGUAUUUCAGUUGUAAUUAUAGGUACUUAUACAUCUCUUAUACAGAUUGCAAGUGAGUUCCACUUGAGCUUUUGAUUUCUUCUUCUUUAAAAUGAGAGUUUAUAAUUCAAUUUUGCAUUGUAAUCUCCACAACUUUUCUUAAUCAAAAGUGGCUUUUGAAUUGUGGAGCAGUUGCUUAACCCAUCAUUUAAUCAUGGUUGGGAAUAUUGUCGCUAAAUUUGAUGU